AUGGGAGACAGCUUGCCUUUUCCAACGGUUUCCAGCACCUUGCUCCCAGUGGCCCUUUGCAUUUUGACCCUUCUGCCUCACUGCCUUCUGGGUAAACCUGCAGAGGAGGAAAACACAGCGCUCCUCAAGAGGGUGAAGAGAGGCUGGGUGUGGAACCAGUUCUUUGUCCUGGAGGAGUACACUGGACUGGAACCACUUUACAUUGGAAAGCUCCACUCAGACAUGGACAAAGGUGAUGGAUCCAUUAAAUACAUCCUGACUGGCGAAGGCGCAGGCUCCACCUUUACCAUCGAUGACAGCACCGGAGACAUCCACGCCAUCCAGAGGCUCGACCGGGAGGUGAAGUCCCAAUACGUCCUCCGCGCCCAGGCCCGAAACCGCCUCACAGACAGGCCUCUAGAGCCGGAGUCUGAGUUCAUCGUAAAGAUCCAGGACAUCAACGACAAUGAGCCGAGGUUUCUGGAUGGACCCUACCAGGCUUCUGUGCCUGAAAUGUCCAAAAUAGGCACAUCUGUGAUCCAGCUGACAGCCACAGAUGCCGAUGACCCCACGUAUGGCAACAGUGCUCGUGUAGUCUACAGCAUCCUGGAGGGCCAGCCUUACUUCUCAGUAGACGCCAAGACUGGUGUGGUCCGGGUGUCACUGGCAGACAUGGACAGGGAGACCAGAGAGAACUACACUGUGGUCAUCCAGGCCAAGGACAUGGGUGGCCAGCUGGGGGGGCUUGCUGGCACCACCACGGUCAACAUCACGCUCAGCGACAUCAAUGACAACCCACCCAUGUUUGACCAGAGGUUGUAUCAGAUGAGCAUCCCCGAGACGGCCCCUGUGGGCUCAGUGGUGGGGCGGAUAUGGGCAAAGGACCGGGACAUUGGGGUCAACGCUGAGAUGAGGUACAGCAUCAUUGACGGUGACGGGAGGGACACGUUUGACAUCAGCACCGACCCCACCAACAUGUUCGGGAUCAUCACAGUGAAAAAGCCGCUGAACUUUGAGAGUAAACCCAGCUACACUCUGAAAGUGGAGGGCGCCAACACCCACGUGGACCCGGCGUUUCGACACCGUGGGCCCUUCAAGGACGUCACCAUCGUACAUGUGAGCGUGGAGGACGUGGAUGAGCCCCCGCUGUUUGACUCGCCGGCGUACCUCAUCGAGCUGCCAGAGGACGCAGAGAUCGGGACGGUGGUGAAGACGGUGUCAGCGAGGGACCCGGACGCAGCCAACAACACUGUGAGGUAUUCCAUCGAGAGGUCCAGUGACCCCGACAAGUUCUUCUACAUCGAUAUCACCUCAGGGUCGCUGAUGACGGUGCGUUCACUGGAUCGAGAGGAGCUCGGUUGGCACAAUAUCACCGUCCUCGCCAUGGAGAUGAACGACCCUACCAAGGUGGGCAGCGUGUCGGUAGCCGUAAGGGUCCUGGAUGUCAACGAUAAUCCUCCCUCGCUGAUGCACUACCUGGAGGCUUAUGUGUGUGAGAACGCCAAGGCAGGGCAGCUGAUCCAGACAGUCACAGCGGUUGAUCCAGACGAGCCGCUGGGUGGACAACACUUCUACUACAGCCUGGCUCCAGAGGCGGCAAACAACCCCAACUUCACCCUGAGAGACAACCAAGACAACACAGCAUGGAUCCUGACUCGGCGGGGAGGCUGGUCCCAGCAGGACCAAACUGUCUUCUACCUGCCCAUCUUCAUCUCUGACGGUGAGCAGCCGGUCCAGACCAGCACGAGCACGCUGACCAUCCGAGUGUGCAGCUGUGACCAGGAGGGGAACGUCCUGUCGUGUAACGCAGAGGCGUACAGUCUGCCUGCGAGCCUCAGCAGAGGAGCGCUCAUCGCCAUCCUCGCCUGCAUCUUUGUCCUGCUAGUGAUGAUCCUGCUCAUGCUGUCCCUGCGCACUCACCGUAAGAAGCCCUACCUGUGUGACGAGGAGGAGAACGUCCAUGAGAACAUCGUGCGCUAUGACGACGAAGGUGGCGGAGAAGAAGACACUGAGGCGUUCGACAUCGCUGCCAUGUGGAACCCACGUGAGGCUCACCAUCACCUCAGCAAGAUGAGACAGGACAUGCUGCCGGAGAUCGAGAGCCUGUCACGUUACGUGCCUCAGGCGUGCGUGAUGGGCGGUGGCAGUGGGGACAGUAAUGUACACGGGUACGUGCUGGCGAAGCUCCUGGAGGCUGACAUGGACCCGUGUGCUCCGCCGUAUGACUCCCUGCAGACCUACGCCUACGAAGGAGAGGGUUCUGUGGCUGAGUCACUCAGCUCGCUCCAGUCUGGGGCGUCAAACACGGACCAUGAGUACGAUUAUCUCAACGACUGGGGGCCUCGCUUUAAAAAACUCGCCGAGAUGUACGGCGUCCUGGAGACAAACAGUCCACCUAUGUGGUAGAACAGCAGAACCUUUUUGCCUUUUAAUCAUGAUUGAUGACACAAUGAAAUCAAAAGACAGACAAAUAUCAGAGACACAAACUGUGUGCAAGGACAACAAUAAAGCCAGGAUGUGCUCACGCUCUCAUCCAUGACUGUUAGCACUUGAAUUCCUGCCGAAGCCUCGAUUCUCCACGGCGGUGAUGGCCUGGGAUGCCCGCAGCAGCAGCAGUGUGAGCUGGUUUUUAAAUCUCCCCCAGAGAGGGGCUUCAGAGUGGGGCUGGAUUGGCAGCCCUGCGAGGCCCAGAAAAGGAACGGCUUCAAAGCACAUGUUAACUCUCCUGCCUGACCCCGCCACGGGCAGAGCCGCUCUGUUCAAAGUGACGGCUGAUUUAUGCCAGAAAGAAGGACUACUUUUCUUACAGAGGGAGAUAAAACUCCGAAAGCUGAUCCACUCCUCUGAGUCUGUGCUUUAAUACGACUCAGCCACACCAUGAUAAAAGAGAAACGUCAUUGCUGCAAACAGAGAUGAGUCUUUUUUGUUCCAUCUGUGGCAGGUCUUAAUUUAUUCCUUUGUUUCUUGUGCUGUAUUUAUAUUUUUUGCUAA